CCUCUGCCCCGCACAGACAUCUCCGUCAGCCUGCUCUCCGUCAUUGUCACCUUCUGCGGCAUCGUGCUGCUGGGGGUCUCGCUCUUCGUCUCCUGGAAGCUCUGCUGGAUCCCCUGGCGGGACAAGGGGGCCUCGCCGGCGCCGCGCAAGGACCACGGCCUCCACGGCCACCUCCACCACUCGCCCUACGGCGACCUGCUGGUGGAGCGGGUCGAGCUGGGGCCCGAGAUGCCCGAACGCUCCUACCUCGACAUGGACUCCUACCCCGAGGCCACCCUCAAGCUGAGCCAGACCUCGCCCGACCUGCCGGUGGAGGGGCAGGUCGGCCCUAAGGAGGGCGCCAGCAUGCCCAAUGCGCACUCCCACCAGCAGGUGGCCACCCUGGCGCCCGCCCCCAGCCCCAUAGCUCCUGUCCCAGGUGGGUUGGGGGCUCCCCAUGCCUCAGUAUGCCCCUCCCAACUCCUGACCCCUCACAGGUACAACACCCUGCCGCGCCCCUUGACCCAGCAGCUCUCCAGCCCGGAGGUGGUCGGCCACGGUGGGGAGGACAAGCCGGAGCAGGCCACCAGCAUCGGUCAGAUCAAGCCGGAGCUGUACAAGCAGCGGGCGGGCGAGGCGGAGCACCGUAAGGCGGAGGGUCCUCCCUGCGGGCGCAUCAGCUUCGCCCUGCGCUACGCCUACGCCUCGGAGCAGCUGGUGGUGAGGAUCCUGCGGGCGCUGGACCUGCCGGCCAAGGACGCCAACGGCUUCUCCGACCCCUACGUCAAGAUGUACCUGCUGCCCGACCGCAAGAAGAAGUUCCAGACCAAGGUGCACCGCAAGACGCUCAAUCCCGUCUUCAACGAGACCUUCAACUUCAACGUCCCCUUCGCCGAGCUGCCGGGACGCAAGCUGCACUUCAGCGUCUACGACUUCGACCGCUUCUCCCGCCACGACCUCAUCGGGCAGGUGGUGCUGGACAACCUGCUGGAGAUGGCGGAGCGGGAUGAGGAGACGCCCAUCUGGAGGGAUAUCCUGGAGGGCAGCUCGGAGAAGGCCGACCUGGGGGAGGUGAAUUUCUCCCUCUGUUACCUGCCCACCGCCGGCCGCCUGACCGUGACCAUCAUCCGGGCCUCCAACCUCAAAGCCAUGGACCUGACCGGCUUCUCAGACCCCUACGUCAAGGCCUCGCUCAUGUGCGAGGGGCGGCGGCUGAAGAAGCGCAAGACGUCCAUCAAGAAGAACACCCUGAACCCCAGCUACAACGAGGCCCUCGUCUUCGACAUCCCGCAUGAGAGCGCCGAGCACGUCAGCCUCACCAUCACCGUCAUGGACUACGACUGCAUCGGGCACAACGAGGUGAUCGGGAUGUGCCGGGUGGGGAGCGACGCCGAGGGGCCGGGCCGGGAGCACUGGGCUGAGAUGUUGGCCAACCCCCGCAAACCCAUUGAGCACUGGCACCAGCUGGUGGAGGAGAAAACCCUCAACAGCUACAUCUCCAAGAGCGCCCAGCGCGACAAGCCCAGCAUCGUAGUGCAGAGCGUCCCGUCGGACUAG